CAUCUUUACCUCCAUCCACACCUUCUCCCCACGUUGUCUUCUGUUCACACGUGACAUCACUUCCUGUGCAGAGCUUCCAGAGGUGUUCCUCCUCCAGAAGACGCCAUCCUCUCCAGUCACCUGCAUGGCGACAGGUUUCUACCCCGACUUAGCCGACCUGUUUUGGAGGAAAGACGGCGAGCAGAUCUUCGAGGACGUGGACUACGGAGAGCUGCUCCCCAACCCCGACGGAACCUUCCAGAUGUCGGUGGAGCUGAAAGUGGAGGUGACGGCCGAGGUGGAGGGCAAGUACGAAUGUGUGUUCCAGCUGUCUGGCGUCAAGGAGGACCUGGUCACCAAGCUGGAGAGAAGAAGCAUCCUGAGCAACGCAAGCCAUGAAGACAACUGGAGCGUCGCCCUCGCUGCCACGGCGGCGGUCGUCGCUGUGGCGGCCGUCCUGGCGGCCAUCAUCAUCGUCAUGGUCAGGCGUCACAGAAACAGACAAGGUGAGGGACACCAAUGUCCUCCGUCUUCUUCUUCUUCUUCUCGGUCCAGGCCGUGAGUUGAUGCUUUCAUCCGGGCUGCAUGUUUUAGUUGCCUUCCAGCCAAACACUCAAAGAUCCACAGAGACAGAGCGCACACUCUCACAUAGAAACACGUGAGGAAAAAGUCCAUUUCACCUUGUUUCACUUUCAUUUCAGCACAGUACGAUCCAGCUCGUAAGUAAAACAUAUUUUCUUUGAGCCGCAAGAAACAAAGCCGUGGUGAAGCGUCACUCACAUGGAGGUCUGAUGUGGACCUUUGUUACAAGUUUAGCCUGAAAAUCCCAACUUUGGCUGACUCCUUCACAAUAAAAGACCCUCCUGUGAGCACACGCAAUACAAAGUGUGGCAUAUCUCACGUUUGACAUGAGUCCUAAUGAUGAGGAUCAGCCAAAUGAGACCUCAAGUGUGCUGACUCAUCAAGAAGGUAUCCUAGUCAGGAAGUAGAAGAGCAGCACUCUGCUUCUUCAUGUUUCCAAGUCACACCUCAAAGAUCUGAUGUGAGUGACGAGGCACCUUCUGGAUGUUCU